AUGCACAGCUUGGAAUGCAUUCCGGUCCGGCGUUCCUGUGUGGGAGAGGAGGAAGUGACCGGAAUGCCGAACUGGACCGCCCAUCUGGCUCUCAGUCCAGCUUGGUCGCCAGGGGGUGCCAGCGGAAGUGUGGGGGAUGAGGGGGUGGGCACAGAGAAGCGCAGAGGCCGCUGUAAAUGGUUCAACGUCGCCAAAGGCUGGGGCUUCAUUACACCCGACGAUGGAGGCCAGGACAUAUUCGUCCAUCAGAGUGUUAUUGUGAUGUCGGGAUUCCGCUCACUUGGUGAAGGAGAGGAGGUGGAGUUUGAGUGCAAGACAUCGGACAAGGGUCUGGAGGCUACUCUGGUGACAGGACCUGAUGGCUCAGCAUGUGUUGGCUCCCAAAGAAGGCCUGUGGCUAAGAAAAGAUUCCGCAAAAUAAGGUGCUACAACUGUGGAGAGUUUGCCAACCACAUUGCUGCCAAAUGCACACUGGGGCCGCAGCCAAAGCGUUGCCACCACUGCAAAUCCACGGAACAUCUGAUCGCUGAGUGUCCAAACCGCCGCAAGAGCCAAGAGGAGUCGGAGGAGUCUGAGACCAGUCGUAGCAAGCCUGUUGGAGAGUCGAGCACCACCAAGGCACCCUCCGAGAAGGGAGAUAAUGCUGAGAAGAAACCGGCGUCAGAUACUCAGUCCUCCACUAGCAGUAACAAUGCCAAGGAAUAACACCCAUUUUGGUUAGGUUUAGUGUUAUAAUAGCCAAGAAUUCUUCAACAACUUUUAUGUACCCUAUUCCUAGUAUGUAGAUGUGUACAAAGCAUUCAUUUUCACUUUUGUACAAAGUAACGUGUAAUUUUCUUUCAUGAUGAAAGAAACUUUAAAUGGUUACUCUUCAUCAUGUUUUCUUCUGUUGGUUUCUUUCCUUACAACCAACAAUGAAUUUAAUACUUGAGCAGCAAACCCCAAAUAUUGUCCAUUUCAAUGACUUUUUAACUCAAUUUGGUUGGUUAAUACAAUUGUUUAGCUGUUGGUAUAUCAACUCACUCAUUCACAAUUCGUAGUGUCAUAUCCAUUGUAAAAGUGUAGUAGAUGUUGUCAAUGAGUUUUAUAAACUUGUAUGUGUCUUUAUGAAGUUCUGAACAAUUGUAUAAAUGGAAGAUAAAAAUAACUCAAUUUUGUAAUUACAACUUCAACAGACAACAUCUCCUUCAUUUAAAUCUGUUCCUUACACUUAACUUUUCUACUUGAGUAUUUGUAUAUUUUGUUCUUACUUUUCUUAUGAAGAAUUCUUGGCAUUCCUAAUAGUCUAACAUAUCUACCUCAGCGUCUACCUCAUUUACAGGCUGAAGCGUUUUACAUUUUAUGUUUUGAGUACACAGAGUUAUGUAGCAUGGUACAUAAUACAUUGGAGUUGAACUAUAAACAAUUGGACAGGUCAAUGGCGUGGCAUUACAAAUUAUGUGCAAUUGAAAUUGGCGUUAAAAUUACAAUCUUUUGGAGUAACUACAUACAUCUAGUCGAGUCAGUCUCUAUUGAGCAUGGCUGACAGGUGGUUUUCGAAUUUAACCAAUAAUUUGUGCUGUGAAAUUGGUCUUAAAUCGUGUAUUUUAAAAUUACCAAGUCACAGUAUUACUUGAUAUGUGACAAUAAUUCUUGGAGCUUAAAUGAAAAUAUAAAUGCAAUUUAGUGUCAUAUUAAUUAUUUAUUUUCAAAGUAUAGUUAAAUAUUAUUGUAUGUUUAAUUUGAAAAGUAUAAUUAAUUAGUAAAGAGCUUUAAAAGAAGUAAUGUUAGUUAGUAAUGUACAAAAUGUACUCCAAGAUUCAAAGUGGUAUUAUUUUUAUUUCGUUAUAAAUAGGAAUAUUUAGCUUUAAAGGUGUAAUAUGACAUCUAUUAAAUAAUUCAUAUUUGUAGAUAAUUUCUUUUGUAUUUCAUGACUAAAUGUUGUUUUUUCCUCCUCUUUAACCAAAUAUUAACACAUUUUUAAUUUUGUGUUGUUAAUUAUAAACUCAGUUUUUUUUUUAGAUAAAAUAUUAUUAGUGAUGGGCAGAUUUCCAGUCUUCAUUAAUUCCAGUUAAGAAUUUUUUACAUAUCAUAGAUUUCUGAAUUUGGGUUAUGUAAAUAAUACAUUGAUUCAUUAGACAAAGCAACCAAUCUGUCCUCAUGGUGAAACUCAUUAAGUAUUUAACUUCCUUACAUUAUAACAAAAUUGUUCAUUUUCUCUAGAAAAUUGAUUAUUUAUACUGACAUCUAAGAAUAGAGGUUAUUAUAUAGAAUUUUGUAUCUAAACUCAAGCUAUCAAUAUACCAUAAUAGUUUGAAAUAGUACGAACUAUUCAGUAAUUAAAUUUGAUAAAAAUACUAAAGUUAUAAAAACUUAUAGAUUCAAAUGGAAUUAAAUGUAAUAAUGAAUCUGCCAAUCACUGAAAUGAUUAAUAUUUAUAAUAUAAGAAAAUAAAACUAUACCAUAUUGGAUCUUGACACAGUGAUUGUAAAUUGACAAAAAACAUGGAACUGUAACAACAAUUAUAUGCCCUUCGGAGAAAGGGAAGUCCUUUGCCAACCCACUUCUGUUCAACAGCUCUGAUGUGUGAAUGUAUUUCAUUUGUCUAGUUUUAGAUAGUUUUAUGUGGGUGUGAAUUGUAUAGCCUACUAGUAAGCCAUUUAAAGUAGUGUUUGUGUUUUAAGUUUUCUCUGGACAACAUACUGGUGAACUAAAUCGAAGUUUCAACUUGUAUUAUUAGAGCAGUUAAAACUCUUGUUUUAUUUCCACUUGACAAUAUCAUCUCUUCUCAUUGUGCUUGGUAAUUUCCAGCAUUACAGAUCUGUUUGGCAAAAAGAUCCUUCACACUUGUUAUAUCUUGUCAUAGUAUCUCCUCCAGCUCGCACAGCCAGUAGUCCUCUUCUCUCCACUUCUGCCUUCACCCUUUAUAACUGACCAUAUCCAAUUCUUUCUCUGGUCUCCUUCCCCUAUAAUUUUACACAUGGGCAUCUUCUUAGGUAACCUUUGUUCCUAUGUUCUCUUCAAAACACGACUUCACCCAUUCUCUCUCGACCAUUACCAGCAUUUGUCCUUCCCUGUAAUACUUCCCUGCAAUAUAUAUUUCCCUGAUGAUAAACGGUAACCCCAUAUGUUUCUGUUGUUGAACUACGAGAUGAUAAGAGAUAAGGGAUGAUAAUGUUGACUGUGAAAGAGACAAGAGGUCACUUACGAUACAAAAAAUAAUGCACAAGUAUUACAACCAGUGAGUUACUAGUAAUACUGGCAGUAAUAGUUAGUGCAUUGUUGUCAAGACUGAUAAACAGUGCCUACAUUGUUGUAAUUCUCAGAUGUUUUAACAAUCGAUGUAACAAUUCCAGUUUGAGUUGACUUACUUCAAUGUUAGAAAGGUAGUUGGUUUGUGCUCGCCUACCGUUUAUAAGACUGAAUAACUUUUUGUAGCUGUAGUGAGGAUAUGUUUAUUAAUGUUAUGUUAACGUUAGUUGCUGUAUUAUUUUUUAAUGUUGCAUAAGAAUCGGGCGUCUGUUAACCUCUGUGUUUGGGCUCGGCGACUAAUCUUUGGUUAUGAUAGUUUUAAUGCUUCAAUGACAAUUGAAUUCUUUACCUUUUCCACUAAAAGUUAUACUGCAAUGUUGUAGUGGAUCUGGAAGAUAUUGUACAUCAAUAAUGCAUGAAGAACUGGUCAUUCAUUCAGAAGUUAGUUGUAUGAUGUUGCACAUUAGAGCAGUAGUGUUAGCUCAACAGUGUUUUCAAAUAAACAAAUCUAAGUUUUGGAAGUUUCCAAAAUAGUGUUGCUGCCCAAUACAUGUUUUGCAGGUUCCGAAAUGUCAAAUUUACCACAUUCUCAAUUUAAGGGAAAUGGAUUAUAAUUAGAAUUAUAUUUGUUCAUAAAUACAACACUAUGAAAACAAAAGACAAAUUUGAAUGUAUUAAAAACGUUGUAAUAUUAUUGUGAGGAUUGAACGGAAUAUUAGUAACGGUUCUUUUGCAACUUAUUAAACAAUAAUACUUUAUCAAGAUAAAUGUAAUUUUAACCUUAAUUACCUAAAGCUUUGUAUAUAUACCAAGCGUCAAAAAUCAAAUAUAUAAUCCUAUUUAAUAUUGAAAACCAUCUUUAAUUAAAAUGUAAUUAAUUUCCAUUUCAAGGUACUAAUGUUCCUAAGCACUGUACCAUUGGUUGUAACUCAAGAGAUACCUCUCCUACGUUUGUGUUGUUAAUUUAACUUCUACCACACUUGACAUUUAGAGAUCCAGGUUUUCAUUUACCUCCCAGCUUCACAGCAAUGGUUGAUGUGAAGCUCUCAUGUUUGACUUGGUUAGCUUGGUUAGGUUCAUUCAAUUACUGCUGAAUUAUGAACACUCGUUUAAAAUGUUAAUUUGAUUGUAGAUUUUUGUUCAUCUUGAUUUUAUCCUCUCCAUUAAAUAAAAUCUGUGCAUGUGACUUAAUCUAGUGUGUUGCUGUAUUUGUUUUUUGUAGUGACAUCAGCCAAUCUGGCAUCGAUUAUAAAGGUUGUUCUUAGCAAACAACCUAAAAUUGAUAUUUCAUGACUCUUUGUUUUACAAUAAUCUGGAAACCAUACAGCCAGUUGUAUUUUAUCAAUAACUUAAUUAAACAAUGUUUAACAAUAAACAAUGUUAAAUAAGAUUUAAAUAGUACAAACUCAAAUUACUAGUGAAUCAUUAAUCCUUUUUUAAAAGUUGUUAUAUUUCAAAAAUAGACCCAUUAUCAAUAACUAUAUAAUAAUAUAUAAUUGUGUUUAUAUCAGAAUGUUUUGAGCAUUCUAAGAAAGAUUAAAUCAUUCUUUCCCUCCAAAACCUCAUGUUAUAUAAUGUGCCUGAAUGAGGCAGUGACGUUAAGCAGAUAAAUUAUUUUUGGGUGUUUUUCUAUUUUUUUAAAAUUGUGCUUUAAAUUUGAAUUUUUUUUCAUCUUAUGUAGUAGUACAACAGCUAAGUGUUACAAGACCUGCAUACAGUUGUGGUAUUCUAAGUGUGAAGUAGUUACACGAUAAAUUAAUAUUUUUGAAUGCUUAUUUGACUUGUAUCAAAAUGGUUUUGAUGGGAAGUUUAGAUUCUAAUCAAAUUACAAUUACUCUAUUUCCAAGAAGAUUUUACUAGAAAGAGCAGAAGCUGUACUCAUAGACUUUUUCUUUGAAUAUUUAUCAAGAGAAAAGUGCUGUGCGACAGAAUUAAAGGAUUCCUAGUAAUAAAAAGACUGUUUACUCCACUCAGUACAAACAAAUAGCAAAGACAACACUUUAUCUGUAUCAGAAUACAUAGUUUACAUAAGCCUAGGUUAAGCUCUUAGAAAUAGUUUUCUAUUUUUGUACUUUAAAAUUCAACAGCAAGUAAUUUUGACCUUGUUGAUGAUGAAAUAUAAUGUUUUUAUUUAA